UCCAAACAAGCUGUAAUUCAACUUCCACCUGCAAAAAAAGAAAAGAUACAACACUCCGUACAAUUCGGCAUAAUCUUGAUUCAAUGGAGUGAAGAGCAACUGCGAAAUUGGUCAAAACUUGUUAUACGAAAUGGGCUCUAUCUUAUUGAUGUCUGCAGUCACUAGCGUCAUUAGUCCAGCCGUAAAAAGGAAAAAAUUUCGCUUCUUCAGUUCUUCACAUUAUCGAACGUUGAUGCGUGCUAAGCUAUGGCUUAGCCACCGUUCUCGUGCCGGAAGAAAAUUAUGUGUAGUUUAUGCUACUUCAGCACGCCUUUCAUCUCGUAAUACUCAUUCUGAAGAUGAUAUGAAUUCCCUCUUUCAGAUUCUGCCCUGUGACUUAAGGGACACACUUUCGUGUGACCCCAGCCAAGAUCAACUACUCGAGGUGAUAUUAGAUUUGGGCUGUUUGCCGCAAGCACACUACACAGAUGACUCUGGUAGGCGAUACCUCCGAAACACUGAGGUCUCUAUGGAAGAAAUACAAUGUGUCCUCAAGUCAAUUGGACAAUUUGGAGGAGAUAAUAGAGCUGGCAUUGAGGGUACUUUGCAUCGCAUUUCUGCAAUUAGGAAUAGGAAGGGGGAAGUCAUUGGUUUGACUUGCCGAGUCGGCAGGGCCAGGGGACGGAUUGACAUGGUGCGGGAUUUGCUUGAUUUUGGUGAGAGCAUUUUGUUUGUUGGACGACCUGGUGUUGGUAAAACUACAGUUGUGCGAGAGAUAUCUCGUGUCUUGUCAGAUGAACUUCAUAAAAGAGUGGUUAUUGUUGACACAAGCAAUGAAAUAGGAGGUGAUGGGGAUAUUCCCCACCCUGCAAUAGGAGGGGCAAGAAGAUUGCAGGUUCCAGACCCGUCGAUGCAGCAUCAAGUUAUGAUUGAGGCUGUGGAGAAUCACAUGCCUGAGGUGAUCAUUAUAGAUGAGAUUGGCACUGAAGCUGAAGUUCAUGCUUGCCGUACAAUUGCUGAGAGAGGAGUUAUGCUUAUUGGUACAGCUCAUGGCGAGCAGCUUGAGAAUAUAAUUAAGAAUCCUACUCUGUGUGAUCUGCCCCUCAGGGCUUUGGUCUAGUGGUAAGCUAAGUUGCUCGGACUCGGGUGCGGGUAUUCGAUAUGAGUAUGGAUCCGAGAGUCGGAUUCGGUCAAUAGGGAUUUGGAACAAUGUUAUAGAGAAGUGUGAAAAGAAACUGGCCAGGUGGAAAACCCAGUAUCUAUCUCUAGGUGGCAGAGUGACUCUUAUCAACUCAGUUCUUGAUGCACUUCCAACAUAUAUGAUGUCCUUGUUCCCCAUUCCAACAAGGAUCAUCAAUAGGUUGGAUAGCAUCAGGAGGAAUGUUUUAUGGAAUGGGAACAAAGAAAGGAAGGGCUACCACUUGGUGAAAUGGAAAGCACUCACUUUUGGCAAGAACCUUGGAGGGUUAAGGAUCAAGAACUUGAAGAUUCAGAGUAAAGCUCUUAGAAUGAAAUGGUUGUGGAGGCUCAACAAGGAGAAUCAACUCCUGUGGGAAAAACAUUAUGAAAGCAAAAUAUGGACAGGAAGACAAAUGGAUGACUAAGGAGGUCACUACACCAUAUGGGGUUAGUCUAUGGAGAUCCAUUAGAUCACCGUGGAGUGAGUUGAGGGAUGAUUCCAAGAUCAAAGUGUUUGAUGGCAAUAAGACUAGCUUUUGGAAGGACAAUUGGCAUGAAGUUGGCAGAUUGGAUGUGGCUUUUUCAGAAGUCUUCAAUUUAGCUCUACAUCAGCAAAGGACUAUAGCAGACUGCAGAGAUGUGAACACCUCAAGGAUGGAACAUCAUUUUUAGAAGAUAUAUCAACGAUUGGGAAGCACAAAGAGUGGUUGAAUUCUUUUGUGCACUAGAGCAGUUUAGUGGAUUACAAGCAGGUGAAGAUGUACUAUGGUGGCAAGGCAGCAGUAAUGGUUUAUUCAAAGUUAAUGCAGCUUACAAGAGGAUAAAUUACUCCAACCAGCAGAUAGCCAAUUGGCCUUGGAAACACAUCUAGAAAACAAAAAUUCCUCACAAAGUUGUUUGUUUUGUGUGGCUACUGGCUAAGGAAGCAGUCCUUACACAAGAUAAUUUGAUGAAAAAAGGUUUCAUUUUAUGUUCUAGAUGCUUUUUGUGUGGGGAAACAGCAGAGACAGUUAACCAUCUCUUCCUUCACUGUAAGAUAACAUCUCAUCUAUGGAGAAUUAUUCUUAACCUCAAAGGCAUUUCCUGGACCAUGCCUGGGAAGGUGAUAGAUACUAUUAAAAGUUGGGAGGAAACAGGACUAUAGGCAAAGGACAAGACCAGAUGGAGAAUUAUACCUGCUUGCAUUUGGUGGACAAUUUGGAAAGAGAGGAACUCCAGAUGUUUUGAGAAUGUGGAGAAUGGGGUGCAGAAGAUCAAGUUAAACUUUAUUUUACUGUUGUGUUUUUGGUGUAAUCAGAUCUACACAAAUGUUACUGACACCAUUAUUGAUGUUUUAGAGUCAAUAUAGAGUGUCAGUGAUAGUUAGAGACUCUUGUAUAUAUGGUUUCAGUACUACCUAAGUACUCUUUUGCUACAUAUGAAAUAUAGAAAAGUAACCAGUUUCAAAAAAAAAAAAAAAUCUAAAUUUUUAAGAUUCAAGGGGUACAGAUCCAAGAGUCAGAUUCGGCAAAAUCUAAAUUUUAAGAUUCAGGGGUGCGGAUUCAAGUAUGGAUACGGGUGCUGGGGUCCGGCUAAGAAAAUUCAAAAUUAUAAAAAUAGAGCUAUAAAGAUGAAUUCUUGGUUUCUCUUUGUUUGGCUUGAAACACGAAGCAACGAAUAUGAGACAAAAGGACUAUAAUAUUGAAGGUAUGCCAUUUCCCAUGUCUGAAAUCUAUUUUAUCUUUUAUUUUGAGAAAUCAAAAUCUCAAUUUCCCCCCCAAAUUUGUCCAUGGACUCCGGUCAAAGUACCCGAAGUUAGUUGACUGAAUCCCAAACGUGUCCCGCACCCGCACCCGUUCCAGUGUCCUGUCGAGACGGGUUCAGCAUAAAAAAUGAAGAGUCCGCACAACUUAGGUGGUAAGAGCACAACAUGUGAUGUCUGGGUUAGUCACAUGUCAUGGGUUCGAACCUUGUGCAGACAAAAACCUGGUAUUUAACUGGAGAAGGGUAGAGGGAGUCUAUUACCGACCGAGUUUCAAGCUUGCGCCAGUGGCCCUCUGGGAUCUCUCAGUUAUCCAAAAAAAAAAGAGGAAAGAACUGAUAGUUUUUGUGUGUUUUUUUUUCUUUUGACAUGUGUAGUUAGAGUAUUCUAUUAGACAAGGCACCGAGGGGCAUUCCGUCAUCAAGAUUAGCGAGAAAUAAACAUGAACUCUUAAGGUGCUGCACUACGAACUAAUGAGCCACCAAUUAAGAAAAAUGGGAUAUAGUAACCAUCCAUUGAAAAUCUGAAACUCUUUAACUGAUGAUGGCUCACCCAAUUGACUACCCAAGAAAUGAACAUCAGGUGCUUACAAGCAGAAGCACAAUUAAAAUAUCACAAAAUAUGAUUGUCUUUCGCCUGUGCCUUCUUACAGAGACAGACACCUAUUCACAUGAAUCCUUUUCUUCUUAUGGUUGCUGUCACCUGUCAAUAGAGAUUACCAUGUAGCUUCUGAAGCAAAAAAGGGAAGCUCUGUUAGAACAUAUGCUUUUCUCUGUAUCAUUCUCCAAGGGAGUUCGCAGUUGCUAGAUCUAUAAGGGGCCGGAAAAAAAUGACUUUAGUUAACGGAUGCAACUGUCAGCAGCUCUCAACACCGAAGUAUCCAGUACUUCAAGUCUCCAAUUAGACAAGUGCAUGAAUUGGAAAAAAGAAAUUUCAAUAUUUUGUUCUUGUUAAUGCGGGAUUUAAAAUAAUUCAUUAGUUUACAUUCACUAAGAGGCCUGGACUGUGGUAUGCUGCUUAGAAACCAGGGUAUGAACUGGUUACAUGUUGUUAAGAGUCCCUUGCUCCAUUAAUCUUCCGCAAAAUCAUUCUCCUACCAUCUCCAGCCUUAAACUGAACGACAGGUAGAUAUUAUCUAAUACUUGUCUUAUCCGCUCAACAAGCUGCGUCCAUAAGGUUCUCCAGCUUCAAUUGAAAUCCAGUCCCCAUAAAACCACCUAAACUUACAUUCAUUGACUUCGUUCAAUGCUUCCUUUCCUCUCUACUAAAUCUCCAAAAUUCUGGUUUAUAACUUAGUUGAUAUUCUCAGAGCCCUAUAGGGGUACAAAUCUUUUUCCCACUUACAUAAUGGUCUCUUAUCCUCCUCACUACAGCCGUCUGAAAGGAAAAAGAGUUACUUGUGUAGCUCUUCAUUCAGGCAUACAUGCUUCGGUCUUUAAGCAGAUACUUCUCAGGAUUUCUGUGGGGCUUUCGUCAUCCUAAGUGGUCAUCGGACGUCGUAUUUCUUAGUUUUCCUUUUCCUGUUUUACUUUCUUAGGGUUGUUAGGUGGGGAUGAUGAAUUCCAUCUCCAGCCAUUUUUUUUUUAUUGCCUAUUUAACUAACUCCAGUUGCUUUGCUCUAAUAUCAAUUCAUCAGUUUCUUUUCCUAUUUAUAUCAAGCUCUCUGUUAUUGAAGUUUCUGUUACUUAUUCUCCUUCAUUC